AAAUGCGUUAUUAUAACUAUAUCUAGAUUUCUAUCUCCUUUUUAAUCUUCGUUUUUAAAUGUUUCAGUAUUUGUAGGUAGGCCUGAAACCAGGCAGCCAAUCAGAAGCGUCCGUCUGUGUUACCGAGAGACUGCUUUAGAAAGUUGGGUGAAGUCCGUCUGAACUCCGCACUGCUUCUCUGCUUCAGUCCUGCACACUGAACCAUGAAAGAAGACAAGGAGAACACGCGGCCCAAAGAGAAGAAAGUGGAGAUCAAAUGUGACGAGAAUGAAAAAACGGAGAAGCCGAAUAAAGAGAAAAAGGAGACCAUGACAAAGAUUGUGAUCCGACGCCUCCCUCCGAGUCUGACUAAAGAAGAAUUGGAGGAGCAGUUACAGCCUCUGCCAGAUGUGGAUUAUCUCGAGUUCUUCUCCAGUGACACCAGCCUCUACCCUCAUCUCUUUGCAAGAGCAUAUCUAAAUUUCAAGAACCAGGAGGACAUUGUUCUUUUCAGAGACCGCUUCGAUGGUUAUGUGUUCAUUGAUAAUCGAGGACAGGAAUACCCUGCCAUUGUUGAGUUCGCACCAUUCCAGAAGAUUGCAAAAAAGAGGAGCAAGAAAAAGGAUUCCAAAAGUGGAACAAUCGAAGAAGAUGCUGAUUAUAAGAGGUUUUUGGAGAUCUACAAUGGUGAUGAUGAGAAGUUAACUUCAACCACCGAGACAUUAUUAGAAGAAAUAGAGGCCAAGACAAAGGAACUAGUUGCCAAGAAAACAACUCCUCUUUUGGACUUCCUUAAGAAUAAGCAGAGGUUAAGAGAGGAAAAGAAGGAGGAAAGAAGGAGGAGAGAACUGGAGCGCAAACGCUUACGUGAUGAAGAGCGGCGGAAGUGGAGAGAGGAGGACAGAAGGAAGCGCAAGGAAGCUGAGAAAUUAAAGAAAGCAGAAAAGGGACCUGAAAAGGACAAAGACCAGCCUAAAGAGGAGCAGCCAAAAAUUAAGCUCUUGAAGAAGCUAGAAAAGCAAGAGUGUAGUGAAAACGAGAAGAUUAAGGAUAAACCCAAGAAGCCAGAGCGAGAGAAACUGAAGGAUGAGAGAGUUCCAGGAGGAGCGGAUACAAAAAAGCGUCAAAAUGGAGAACAGCGAGAGGACAAGCCUAGAAAAUACGACGAAGAUGGACGCAGGGAGCAUCGGGAUCGUGAUAUGGACAGGGAGAGAGACCGCGAACGGGACCGGGAGCGACGGCAGAAAGAAAAGGAGCGAAUCAAGAGGCAGGACGAGGAGCGGCGGAGAAGGAGGGAGCGUCACGAUGGAGAAAAUGCCUACAAAAAGAGAGAGGACGAGAGCAAAAAGGAAAAGGAAUACGUGUGGGAAAAGCGAAGGAAUGAGAACUCCGGCGAAUUCAGUGGUCACAUUGAGAAGUUUGAGAAGUGUUCUAAAGAUGCUAAAAAGGAAGAAAAUGGGAAAAAGGACCGUUUAAGGAACAAGGACCGCCCUGCCAUACAGCUCUACCAGCCAGGAGCAAGAAGCCGCAACAAAGGAGCUCCAGGAGAAGGCCAGGCUGGGGAUAAGAAGGCUGAGAGGGAUGCCAAAAAUAGCCAAGAGAAAGGGGAAGAGUGAAGGGAGCCCACCACAGGGUUCUGAGAUAGAAUUCUGGGCAAAUCCUGGCGAUUUAGCAGUGCUGCUUAAGCCAGAGGUCCUGUGGCUCACAAGAGCGCUCAGUCAGAGACACAGAAGUAGACGUUGCCACCUUACAGUGCCUGAAUAAGCCCCUAUUACUUUCUGUUUGCUUAUAGUAGAGCUGAGCAGUGGGGCAGACUGAAAGAAGCCAAAGUAUUUGGGCCAUGAGCACUCCAAGUGUCCUUACUCUUGGUACACAAUCAAACACACUCUACUCCAAAUAUUCUGCUUUUCUGAUAGAAAAGGUUACCAAUUUAGUCUCUUUCCUGUUCCACACAUUUACAAUAAUUAAACUGUUAUUUCAUUGCAAUAUUUAAGUUUUAAAACAGUAAGGACUGUGCUUUAUAAGACACAUGGCAUGUAUCACAUAUGCAGACUUUUGAUUUGAAGAGAAUAUUUUUUGAAUAUGAGAUGCACAUGGGAUGGGGUUUUGUUAUAACAGAUUUUUGCCAUUUGUUUUUAAACCAGGAAAUAUUUGGAUUUGUUAGAUUUGAGUGGCCUUCCCUACUUUUGAAAUAAAGCUUUACCUGAUGAAAAUCAAAA